CCAAGGGUACCAACAUUGGAACUGUAAUAUUUUUGUGACCACAUGGCAUUGUUUCUCUAAACUGCGAAAUGUGUGGUUAUGAAGUCUGUGUGGAUUGUCUAGAAAUAUUGUUGUAUUAAUGUUACUUCUUGUAACAUGGUAUAAAUAUAUAGCUAAUUUUUAUCGCAAAAGUAAAAAAUUUCUAAGCUAUUGUCAAGAUGGAAAGUGACGAUAUUGUGUGGAGUAUCAUCAACAGAUCCUUCUGUUCGUUCAAAGUCAACUCGAAGACGCAGAAGCUGUGUCGCAACGAGUACAACCUGACGGGUCUGUGCAGCCGGCUGGCGUGUCCGCUGGCCAACAGCCAGUACGCCACCGUGCGCGAGGAGAAGGGCAUCAUCUACCUCUACAUGAAGACCAUCGAGAGGUCGGCCUUCCCCAGGAAGCUGUGGGAGCGAGUGAAGCUGUCGCGCCACUUCGAGACGGCCAUCCACCAGAUCAACCAGAACCUGCUCUACUGGCCGUACUUCGUCAAGACCAAGUGCAAGCAGAGGUUCGUGAAGAUCACGCAGUACCUCAUCCGCAUGCGGAAGCUGCGGCUCAGCAGGCAGAAGAAGCUGAUCCCGCUGCAGCGGAAGAUAGAGCGGAGAGAGAGGAGACGAGAGGACAAGGCUCUGAUCGCUGCGAGACUCGACACUGCCAUAGAGAAGGAGCUGUUGACCAGACUCAGGAAGGGAGUGUAUGGUGACAUCUACAACUUCCCACAAACUGCUUUCGACAAGGCCUUGGAGACAGAGCAGGUUGAAGAGGAGAAUGAGGAUGAAGAAAUGGAAGAAGUUGAAGAGAAGAAACUGGAGAAAGAGAUAGAACAUGAGCUAGAGGAAGAGGAGGAGGGGGAGUUUGUCGACGCGGGCAGCGAACAGGAGGUGGUCAGUGACGAAGAUGACGUCAAGGAGAUGGAAGCAAUGUCUGAGAAUGAAGAUUCAGAAGAAGAAAGGAUCUACUUGAGCAAUUUUGAAGAAUCAGAAGAAUCUGAUAUUGAGGAUGUGGCAGAUAAAGCGUCAUCAACCAAGAAGAAAGUUCGGUUCAGCAAAGUCACAGUGGCCAAGAAGAAGGCAGUUCCACCCAAGACUGGGAAAGGCUUGCGGUCGCACGUUGAAAUUGAAUACGAACAUGAGCUGGAACCAAAAACACGGCAGUUGGACACGUUCUAGAGCGCACGUUAAUUGUUGCUGCUCCGAGUGUACGCUUCUUCAGGUUUUAUUUUGUGAAACUGGUGAACUGAUGCUAAUGAAAUGUGGAAUAUUCAGUUUGGAAUUUCAUACACAUCAUUUUACAAUUGGCAUAGAAUCAACUCUGUUUUCACUUUUAACUAUAAUAAAAAACUGAUUAAAUUA